AAGAGCCUAGCCCACAGCAAUGAAGGUCAUCAGAGCACUCUUGGUCUACCGACGUUUUCUCCUCAUCGUCUUCACUCCCCUCCUGCUUCUCCCAUUGCCUCUCGUCAUCAGAACCAAAGAAGCAGAAUGUGCCUACACGUUAUUUGUGGUGGCCAUCUUUUGGCUUACAGAAGCAUUGCCCCUGGCCGUUUCGGCAUUACUUCCUGCUUUAAUGUUCCCAUUGUUCGGAAUUAUGGCUUCCAAACAGGUGGCAUCUGCUUAUUUCAAAGAUUUUCAUCUGCUGUUAACGGGAGUGAUUUGUUUGGCAACGUCAAUAGAAAAAUGGAAUUUGCACAAGAGGAUUGCCUUGAAAAUGGUGAUGCUGGUGGGUGUUAACCCUGCAUGGCUCACCCUUGGCUUCAUGAUCAGCUGUGCCUUCCUGUCUAUGUGGCUUAGCAACACCUCCGCUGCUGCUAUGGUGAUGCCCAUCGUAGAGGCAGUGGCUCAGCAAAUCAUCAGUGCUGAAGCUGAAGUGGAUGGCCUGGAAAUGACUUGUGCAAAUGGAGCCACCAAUCACGCGUUGGAACUCGAUGAAGAUAUUGAUGAAUGCGAAGCAGUUAGCUGUAAAGAGAAAACAAAGCAAAUUAAUGGAUACAGCAACGGGUCUGCUCAUGCGGUUCACAGUGUGUGCAAGAUUGAGAAGGAAAAGGAGACUCCAGAACCAAGUGAUACCGGAAGAAAAUACCGGAACAAAAGGGACCACAUGAUAUGUAAAGUCAUGUGCCUGUGCAUUGCCUAUUCGUCAACUAUUGGCGGACUGACGACCAUCACUGGAACUUCAACCAACUUGAUCUUUGCCGAGCAUUUCAACACGCGGUACCCAGGUUGCCAGUGCAUCAAUUUUGGAACCUGGUUUAUUCUUUGCAUUCCCAUCACUCUUAUUAUACUGGUCCUUUCCUGGGUUUGGCUCAUGUGGCUUUUCCUGGGUUUCAAUUUCAAAGAAAUGUUCAAGUGUGGCAAGGAAAAGUCGCCCAGGGAACAAGCCUCCGCACAGGUGAUUAAAGAGGAAUACAAUAAACUUGGACCAAUGAGCUACCCAGAAAUCAUCACCCUUGUCCUCUUCAUUGUAAUGGCCCUGUUAUGGUUCACCAGAGACCCUGGAUUCAUCUCCGGCUGGGCUUCCUUAUUUUCAGCAUACCCAGGGUUUGCUACCGAUUCAACAGCUGCCUUAAUGAUUGGCCUCCUCUUCUUCAUCAUUCCAGCAAAAACAUUGUCUAGAACCUCAAAUGGUGAAAACAUUGUUUUUGAUUACACUCCACUGAUAACUUGGAAAGAAUUUCAAGCCUGCAUGCCCUGGGAAAUUGCCAUCCUCGUUGGUGGAGGGUUUGCACUGGCAGAUGGCUGCGAGGUCUCAAAACUCUCAGAGUGGAUAGGAAGUAAAUUAACUCCUUUGGGAUCACUGCCCAUAUGGCUGAUUAUCCUCAUUUCAUCGCUGAUUGUCACCACAAUAACUGAAGUAGCCAGCAAUCCUGCCACUAUCACAAUAUUUUUGCCUAUCCUAGCCCCUUUGGCUGAAGCCAUCCAUGUGAACCCCCUGUAUAUAUUGAUCCCCUCCACCCUCUGCACUUCGUUCGCGUUCCUCCUACCUGUGGCAAAUCCGCCCAAUGCCAUUGUAUUUGCAUAUGGUCACCUGAAAGUUAUCGACAUGGUAAAAGCCGGUUUGGGCAUCAAUAUCAUCGGAGUUGCUGUUGUCAUGCUUGCGGUCAUGACAUGGGGAGUGCCCAUGUUUGACCUCACUACGUAUCCUAGUUGGGCACCUCCUAUUGCUAACAGAACUGGACCUUAAGAAUGGAGUAGCAGCUUCUUUUCUUCGACCCGCCUUCCUAUGGUGUGA